GAGUGCUAUGGGGCAAUAGUUAUUUAGUUAAUACCACUGUACUAUGGCACUGAUUUAGUACGAAAACACCUCUAUAAAUCUAUUUUGAUAAUGUAUUCUGUGGACUCCGAUCAGCGAUCGUAAGAGGGUUGAGGCAGAGAACCUCGAGGCAACACAGAGCGACACAUUCUUGACGUUCGGCCGCCUCCCCUUCCCAUCUUUCAUCAUCACUAUACACAUCAGCGCAACAUCAGUAUUGCCUGGGAAUCCAGAUAAACGACCCCUCUAUACGUGUGGAAAUAUGUAACAAUAACGAGAACAUAUUUAAUCGAAGACACACUGACAGCACAAAGCUGCUGUAUAGUACCAUGGGUGGCCAUGAUGAUGAUGAUGAAAUGUCUUAUCAUGUAGCCAACAACCAUCAUCAAGAUGAAGUGCUGAAAAACAAAUUGAAUGACAGUGGCCUUUGGAGUGACCAAGAAUCCACUGGUGGCAACAAUGCUAAGUGGGUCAAGGAGGGCCAGAACCAGCUGAGGAAAGUUGCUGAGAAACAUCAGGACCAGAAUGGAAACCAAGAGGACUUCUCCCCUCAUAACACCACUGAGGAGGAGCAGAGGAACGAGGAGCAGACCAAAUCUCCCAAGACCGCCAAGACCAUCCUCAAGGAGCCAGUACUCAUUGAUACUCUACUGUCUGCCGAGGAUAAAGAGGGUGAGGGCGAAGAAAAUGACAAAGAAAAGGAAGAUCCAUCUGAGGCAGCUGAAGAGGCCUGCAGUUUUAUAGAGGAAGAGAGGGAGUCCGAACAGAGUAAUGUGGAGGCUGAAAGAGAGGGAGGUGGGGUGGCUAGAAAUCCCUGUCUGCUGUUUUCUAAUGUGAAUGGAACACCAAGUGAUGAAGAAUCCAACUGGCCUGCACUGUCUCAGGAAAGCAGUGCUGAAAUCCCUCCAAAUGGAAACAAAGAGUCCUUCUGGGACUCGGAGGCCUUUGAGGCGGACACAGACCUGCCCUCUGGGUGGAUGCGGGUUCGAGACACCUCAGGCACCUAUUACUGGCACAUCCCUACUGGAACUACUCAGUGGGAGCCCCCCUCCCCUCUGGACAAGGUGGGAGACUCUAUGAUGUCCUCCAGUAUGUCCCUGGAGACAACACCCUGUGAGGAAGAGCAGGAGGAAACAUGGGGAGACCUCUCUAACCCAGAUGAAGUGACUAGUGAUGGAGAGUUGUGGAAGGAGGGAGAGGUGGCUUCUGAUCAGAGCCUGAAGGAGUUUGAAGGGGCAACCCUGCGCUAUGCAUCCAUCAACCUGAACUGUUCCCAGUCUGAGGAAGAGGAGAACCUUGAUCCCCAUGGCACUGACUUGGAGGCUAAGUAUUUUGCUGUGCGCUCUCUGGGCUGGGUGGAGAUGUCUGAAGAGGACAUGGCACCAGCGAAGAGCAGCGUGGCUGUCAACAACUGCAUUAGACAGCUGUCCUACCAUAAACACAACCUCCAUGACACUGCUGGCAUCUGGGGAGAGGGUAAGGACAUGCUGAUGGUCCUGGAGAAUGACACUAUGAAUCUGAUCGACCCACUGGGCCAGACUCUGCUGCACUCCCAGCCUAUUGCCAGCAUCCGCGUGUGGGGUGUGGGCCGAGACAACGGCAGGGAAAGAGACUUUGCUUAUGUAGCGCGAGACAACCUGACCCAGGUACUCAAGUGUCACGUGUUCCGCUGUGACUCACCUGCCAAGAACAUUGCCACCAGUCUGCAUGAGAUGUGCUCCAGGAUAAUGACAGAGAGGAAACUAUCCAAGCCAUUUCUGAGCAGGUACAAUUCUGACCAGUGCAAAGCCAUGGAGAUUCCUACUCAAGAGUUUCCCGUUCCAAAAAAUGAGAAUUUCCAACGUUUCCUUGUGUAUUACCUUGGUAACGUCCCUGUGACCAAGCCUGUAGGUAAGGGACGCAUGGGUGUGGACACAAUCAAUGAUGCUUUGGAGGCUGCAAUGAACAGCACAAGGAAGCAGGAUUGGACCCCCGUCUCUGUCAACGUGGCCCCUGCCACUCUCACCAUCCUCACCAGAGAGACUGAGGAGGUGAUGUCAGAGUGCCGGGUGCGGUUCCUGUCUUUCAUGGGUGUGGGAAAGGACAUCCACACCUUUGCCUUCAUCAUGGCCAAGGGCCCCGGGGACUUCAUCUGUCACAUGUUCUGGUGUGAGCCCAACGCUGCCAGCCUGAGUGAGGCGGUGCAGGCCGCCUGCAUGCUGCGCUACCAGAAGUGUCUGGACGCGAGGCCUCCCAGCCUGGGCUCCUGCUUGCCCACUCCGCCUGCUGACUCCAUGGCCCGCCGGGUCAGGAUGGGGGUCCAGAGUCUGCUGGGAAGCUUCAAGCAGUACAGGUCAGGGUCCCAGUCCCCCUGAGCAGAAGAGAGAAGAUCUCCUCCCCACCAACACUAACCCAUCACAGCAGCUCCAGCUCACUCCUCCACUCCUCUCUCUCUUUCUCUCUCGCUUUCUGUCGGCCUUACACUCCUUUUGGCCCUCCUUAGAGAUAGUCCUUUCAUUAGUGCAUGGAGUUAUAUGUAACUGAGGAAAUGAUUACUUACUAGUGAUUGCAAAGUGUUUUUCUAUACAUCUACUGUAUAACUCUCCUUUAGCUUUGUGCUCAAACUGAAUGAGCCCUGACAACGGCCCAUUGUUUGUUCUGUUGGGAUUUAAUCUGUUUGUCACUAUUUUUGUGUUUUAGCAGAAACUAUGUCUGGCAGGAAGCGUUCAUAUUAUGGGAUGUAACUACAUGUUUCUUCACUGUAGGAAGCUAGGAGGAUUCCACACAGAAAUAGAUCUAAUUUCUUUGCAACUAUGAUUGAGUCAUGGGGCCGUGCUCUUCCCCAAACAGUAACAGCACCUCUUUUUAAAAAUGUUCUACUGGUGUCUGAAGAAGGUCAUGUAGUCACUGUCGAGCCUAGUAGAGUCUCCUGAUGUUUUGUUUUCUACCAUGUCAUUACCCUGUACACUCCUCAGCCUCCACUCCUGUCCAACUGAGGUUCUAAGAGCCCAAGUAGAGGUUCACCUAGAGAGCUUCAUGUCCCCCACUGCAAACAGUGUGUUUUAGUCUUCCAUUAAAGAAGUGAAUAAUCAUGUCGCGUCGUAGUGAACAACCAGUGAUUUCAGAGUGUACUGUAGUUGUGUUUCCCCUACAUUUGCAAGUUCAGUGCUUCUGUGCAAUAAUCAGACUUUCCUGUAUGUGGUGUUGGUAGAAUGGCUUCCAAACGGUUAUAUAGCAGCACACACUGUGCUGUGGGUUCUUUAAUGUAGGUGCCUGGCUAUAUCUGUCUAGGGCUUAGCCAACAACAAGGCAAUGGUGAAAAUAGACGUCUGAUCAUGGAAAAGUGACUGAGAAAACACAACAGCUCAAGGCCUGAGUUUUCUAUCUGAGUCAGUCAACCGCAGCUGGUAACCACCACCACCAAAUAGUAGUGUAGGACCUCACCACACACGGCAUGUUUUAAUAGCUUAGAGGAAGAACCAGGCUCAUAUCUGCCUGCAGCGGUUUAGUGCUGAACUCUUAGUUAUUGUAACAUACUAGAUGUGUGCUACUUCAUGGUAAAGAGGGCUGAAUUCUGUACCUGUUAAUAAGUGUUUGUAAGGCAUGUCACGAGCCUGUAUCCGUGUCUAUCAAUAUAUAUGCUAGUAGUAGAUUAGUUGUCACUGUCAGGUCCUUUCCACUGAGUAGCUGAGAGCAGGUCAGUAUCUGUCUCCUUUAGUCAGCGCCCUGGGACAGGGAUAACAUUGAGAGGAUGAUUUAUGAUUUUAUUUAUUUACAUUUUUUUGUACCACUUUUUGCUCUGUUUGGGCCAUGGUCCCUCUAAGUAAUGUAUUUUGUAUUGUUUUCAUACACUAUAAUGGACACUACUGAGGAGCAGUUGCACAGUUGCUCAUUAUUGAUUGUAUUAGAGAACAAAUCAGACUAGUUGUGGUUUUUAUGUUAAAAAAAAUAAAUGCAGAUGAAAUGUGUUUGUCAGAAGUAUUUAGUGCAAUAGUUAUUUGACUAACAAAAUUAAACAUGUCAAAUAUAGAAACACUAUCUGACAUAAUUAGACUGGAUUGAAUUGUAUAAUACUAUACUGUAUCUCAUGUCACUGUUCACUUAUCAUUGUGCUCCUUUUUCUAAUUCUGUUAUGUUAGUACUUCCAAAGUCAACAUUAAAAAUGAGGAAUAUUGGAACACUAGCUGAUACAUUUAUUUCACAAUUCAUGUAAAUUAGGUGUAUAAAAUGUAUCUGUAUAUAAAAGUCCCUGCACAAGAAAUAAAUGUAUCUGUAUAUAAAAGUCCCUGCACAAGAAAUAAAUGUAUCUGUAUAUAAAAGUCUCUGCACAAGAAAUAAAUGUGAACAU